CCGAGGGCCCUUUAAGAAGGGGGCGGGCCUCCAAGGGAGGAAACCCAGCGGCCACGCGGAGCCAAAGCAAUGGCGACGGCAGCGAAGCGGCCGAGGGUGGAGGGAGCCUCAGGAGGCGGAGACAACCCCGUCCCGGCCUUCCUAAACUGGUGCCGCACGGUCGGACUGGAGCUGAGUCCCAAGGUUUCGGUGAGCCGGGAGGGCACCGUGUCUGGCUACGGGAUGGUGGCCCUGGAGGACGUGCAGCGCGGGGAGCUGCUCUUCGUGGUGCCACGGGCCGUGCUCCUGUCCCAAAACACCAGCACCAUCCGGGGGCUCCUGGAGAAAGAGCACGGGGCCCUGCAGAGCCAGUCGGGCUGGGUGCCCCUUCUUCUGGCCCUCCUCUACGAGUACCUGGCGGAGGACUCCCCCUGGAGAUGCUAUUUCGCCCUGUGGCCGGACCUGGGCAGCCUGCAGCACCCCAUGUUCUGGUCUGAGGAGGAACGGAAACAGCUCCUACAGGGUACUGGUGUGCCUGAAGCUGUGGGAAAGGACCUGGCCAGUAUCAGCCAUGAGUAUGGUACCAUUGUCCUGCCCUUCUUGGAGGCCCAUCCAGACAUCUUUCCCCUCCAGGCCCAGUCUCUGGAGCUCUACCACCAACUCGUGGCAAUGGUCAUGGCCUACAGUUUUCAGGAGCCCCUCGAAGAAGAGGAGGAUGACAAGGAGCCCAACCCCCCUAUGAUGGUACCAGCUGCUGAUAUACUGAACCAUGUGGCCAACCACAAUGCCAAUCUGGAAUACUCCCCAGAAUAUUUAAGAAUGGUAGCUACCCAGCCAAUCCCCAGAGGCCAAGAGAUCUUCAACACCUAUGGCCAGAUGGCUAACUGGCAACUGGUGCACAUGUAUGGCUUUGCUGAACCCUAUCCUGGGAACACAGAUGAUACAGCUGACAUUCAGAUGACAACAGUGCGUGCGGCAGCCCUGCAGGGAGCCACAACUGAGGCAGAGAGACACCUGGUGUGUGAGCGCUGGGAUUUCUUGUGCCGGCUGGAGAUGGUGGGCGAGGAGGGGGCAUUUGUAAUUGGCAGAGAAGAGGUGCUUACGGAGGAGGAGCUGUCUGCUACACUCAAGGUGCUUUGCAUGCCAGCUAAGGAAUUCAGGGAACUUAAGGAACAAGAUGGCUGGGAGGAAGAUGAUGGUGAGGAGGACAGCUUAACAUUGACAAAUAAGACUAUCCCCCAACUUAAAGCUUCAUGGAAGACACUUCUCCGAAACAGUGCUCUGCUGACCCUGCAGGCCUAUGCCACAGACUUAAAAAGCGACCAAGAACUACUUCGAAACAAGGAGACCAGGGCCAAACUCAACUGGAGGGAAGAGCAAGCCUUGCAGGUGCGCUAUGGGCAGAAGAGGAUCUUGCAUCAGUUGUUGGAACUGACCAGCUCCUAACCUCUGGCCUCAAACGAGGGAAGCAGAUGAGCAAAAACUGCUCCUCCUGCAGUUGUUGGGGCCUGCUGGGUCCAGCUCCCAAAGUCUGGACUUUUACUGCUCUGUUUUUUGGUUGACUUUAUCUCUGUGCUCUAUAAACUUCCUUAGUUCAUGUAAUGACUCAGCUCUUACUCGAGGGAAUGAGGAAGCCGAAGUGCUGUGCUGUGGAGCACAGGAGAGAGAACAAGGAAUUAUAAAGAGAUCAGGAUCAUACUACCUACUUUACAGGGUUGGUAUGCAAAAAGUGCUUUCUCUGCCAGUGAAUGUUAACUGCCUUUAGUGAAAAGUGACUGCUUGGAAUUCAAGCUUCAGUCAGGGGUUGGCUUCACCUCCUCAGACUUCAUGGGUCAGGUCAAAGAAUCAGACCUUAGAGGGUCUUACAUCCCAAGCUGGAAUAAGUCAGGGGCCAUCCAGUCCAAUCCCUUCCCUUCAUUUUAGAGACAAGAGAAAUUAGGUCUAGCAAAGUUAAGUGACUUGUCCAAGGUACAUAGGUAGUUAAGGAUCAGCAGCAGGAGUUGAGUCCAGGCCUUCUGAAUCUACAGCCAAUCCUAAUUUUCCUAGGUCACGUCUACCUUCAUCUUCCAAUUCUAGACCAUGAAGUAAUGAAAUUAUGUUUCUGGCA